UGUGUGAGAAAUAUUUAUGUAAAUGUCACGUAUUUCCACGUACGUAUUGGUAAUUGGACGGGUAAAUAAAUAUGGCCUAUACAUGUAAAUAGCUGUCACAUCCUUGUGUCUAAUUUGAAAGAUUUGAUAUACGUGAACUAGUUCUUUGCACUAUAAAAUACAAUUUGUGCGGUAAACAUCAUUUGAAUUUAAUACCGCGCAAUCACGCCUCAGAAGUAUCAAACACCGUUCAACCACCAAAGUAACAAGGACACUCCGGGUCUAUAAGCACAAAUCAAGUCAAAAUGGAGAUAUUCGCCAAAAUGGGGCGUAAAAAGCCGAUGCACAUCAUCAAGGCUCAGGAAUUAAGCCGAGAAGAAGAUGAUAGCGUGAAAUUGUCGCUGUUCGAUCUUCUGUGCAUUGGUGUAGGUUGCACUGUAGGUAGCGGAGUGUUUGUGCUCACAGGAGAUGUCUUGACGGUCGCUGGUCCCUCUGCUGUGGUUUCCUGGUUACUCGCAGGGUUGGUCUGUUUGAUGUCAGGCUUUUCAUAUAUGGAGCUUUCUUCGCGAGUUCCAACUUCAGGAUCAACGUAUGCGUACUCGUACUUUGCUCUGGGCGAGGCCAUGGCCAUGAUCGGUGCUGUGUGCCUAACCCUCGAGUACGGUAUCUCUGCGGCUGGUGUUGCCCGUAGUUGGUCCUCCAAAUUGAUAGAGACGAUUGAGUCGUACACAGAUGCCGACCUGGACGUCCUUCAUUUCUGGUACACUGAUCCGGACACGGCCGAUAUGGAUGCUUACUUUGACGUGCUCGCUGUGGUGGUCAUGGGUCUGAGUACGGUGGUGCUGGCGUUUGGCUUGAAUAUGGGUAAAAUCGUCAUCAACCUCUUCACAGUGGCAAAGGUGUGCCUGGUAGCGUUCAUGGUGAUUGCUGGGUUUGCCGCGUGGCCGUCCACUGGAUAUGGUACCGAGGCGUACUCAUCCACCGACGAGUUCCUUCCGUACGGCAUUGGUGGCAUGUUGCUAGGUACUUCUAAGCUGUUCUUUGGUUUCAUCGGGUUCGACGAGGUCGCGUGCUUAGCGGGACGUGCCAAUAACCCUCGUAAAACCAUGCCUCUGGCUAUUGGUGGUACGCUUUUGCUGGCUACGAUCAUCUCCGGUCUGGCCCAAGCGUCGCUGAGUGGUAUGAUCGUCCCCUGCGAUUCACACCCCGAUUGGAACGAGCAGAACCCCGAUGCCGUGCAAUGCUCCACCUCGCCUUCGUUUGCCGAUGCUUUCCGUCUGAUUGGUUGGAGUUGGGCUGCUGCAAUCGUUUCGUUUGGUGAGGCUAUUCUGCUGCCCAUUGUUGUGCUGCUGGCGUUUAUUGCUCAGCCGGAGAUGAUGGCCGCUAUGGCGGUAGACGGCAUGCUUCCAUCCAUCUUUGCGAAGGAAAACAGCAAAGGAAAUCUUACCAUGGGUACAAUCAUCUCGGGAACUGCCAUGUCGAUUAUUGCCGGUUGUGUGCCCUUUGACAUUCUGUGGGAUAUGAUUUCUCUUGGUGUUCUGGUUUCGUUCUGUCUCACCAAUAGUGCGCUUAUCUGCACACGCCUUUCUGGCCCUGAGGGUAACAACAAGAUAACCGGCUGUCUGAUAUUCAUUUGGGCUGCAUCCUUCAGUGGCGAGUACAUGCUUUGGAAGGGAUACUUCGAGGGCUAUUUUGACUCCGGUGUCGAUAAUUCAACACUUAACGACGCUGUUCUCUAUGGAGCUAUUGCUUUAAUUGCCGCAACCCUUCUAGUGGCCAUUGGCAUGACCUUUAUGUUUAAAGAGGUCGAGGAAAGUAAGGCUGAAACAGGCCGAGUGUUCUAUGCGCCUUUAGUGCCCCUUCUACCGGUUGUCGGUAUUAACCUGAACUUCUUCCUCAUGGCACAGAUCAGUUGGAUAAAUUUGGCGUAUCUCGCUAUCGUCAUUGCAGUGAGCCUGGUCUGGUACCUGGUCUACGGUAUAGGACACAGCGCCCGCGAAUUCGAUGAUGAUAUGCCCGCACUGGAUCACACCAAUCGGUCGUCUCAAUCAUCCCAAGCCCGCCGAUCGUCUCAAUCAUCCCAAGCCCGCCGAUCGUCUCGUAGACAGUCACAGUACUUGGCGGAGUCCUUGAAGGCACACCACAAAGAUGAAGAGAUUAACGAGUCUACUGUUGAACUAGCCGAGGAUCUGGAACCGGACAGUAAAUAGUUUGCUGAGAUGUAUUAGUACCGGUCCAGGAGUACGUAUACAUGGUUGAUGUGGAUGGGGCUCCAGAGGGCAUAGUGGUGAAUCCAAGUAUAUAUAUUAAUUGUGAUUGAAAGGCUGAGGAACGAUCGAGGCUGAGGAAUUGAUUUGAUAAGCGUGAUCUGUUUUUUAUAUACACCACGGCAGAAAGUAAGUAGCCUCACCCCCUUUCCCUUUAACCCCCUUAAACCUAGAGCUUUAAUACACUUUGGGAGGGAUUGACUUGCACUAUCAAACAUGUGCUUGUUUUUCAACUAUGCCGGUCCCAAGCCGCAAUAUGCCCGCAACAUUAUGUAUGUUAUUGACAACCAUUGAUUGCACAAGUGAAACGCCAGGCAAAGAUGCAAGUUCGCCCACGAGACCGCCUUCGGCGUUUAUAAUUAACCCUAGUAAAUGACAAUAUUAGUCUAUUUUGUACUGGUUUCAUGAUUCUCGGCGAUUGAUGAGGCCGUAGUAUGUUCCAGGAAUACGCACCUACCCAGUUAUAUUAAGAAUGUCUCUCCUAGAACUCCUUUAUACAAACUUUCAUCA